UCUCGGUCUGUCUUUUUCUCUCCUAUACCAAAGAAAAAUGAGCAAGUUCACCACCUUCUCAAGGUCCAUACGACGAAUCGAGUUCGUCGGAUUUCCAAGGCCAGUCAUCGACACGCAUCACCAACGGAAAGUUCAGGUGUAAAAGGGAUCGCGUAACAGGGAUCGCUUAUAACAUACGUAAACACACGAUAUUUGCUACGUAACUCAUUAUUCGUCUCUGAUUGAAACGUUCAAUAAAGAGGACUCGUUCCGGGAUUAUAAGGUCAUAAUUAAAAUCAUGACAGGCAAACUCGUGCUCCGGAUUUCUCUGCUGACACUCUCGGUCACGGCGGGAGUAUUGGGAGUCGUGCCGGAUUUCGGGCCAUGUCCAAACGUCAAAACGGUCGAAAACUUUGAUUUCCAAAGGUUUUUGGGAAAAUGGUACGAGGCCGAGCGAUACUUUUCGAUAUUGUCGGUCGGCACCAAAUGUUCAAUCUCGAACUAUACGAUGAGUGAGGAAGGUACGAUUCGGGUGAUCGAAUCUCACGUUUCCACGAUAUCGAAGGUCGAGUCGAGUGCGAUCGGGCGUGUCGAGCCAAUUGGAAAAAGUCACGAAGCAAAGUACUACGUGAAAUUUGACGCGGUAGGAAUUCCAUAUGCGAUGCCGUACUGGGUGCUGGGAACAGAUUACGAUAACUAUGCCGUCGUGCACAGUUGCGCGAACAUUGGACUCCUGAGUUUCAAGAGCGUCUGGAUUUUGACCAGACUGAGACAGCCACGUAUCGCAGUGCUCGAAAACGCUUAUCAGAUUUUAGAUAAAAAUCAAAUAAGCCGAGCGUACUUGUUCCGAACCGAUCAGAAAAAUUGUCCGGAAAAUCACUAACGAGUCAUGGAUCCCGACAACAAGAAGAGUUCAACGGUUUCGGAUGCUAAGGCAGAAUUAUAUUCCGGACCCCCGGAAAAGGCUAUUUUUAUGAACUUUUAAUAAUAGAUUAUGAAUUAAUAUAUUGAUGUAGGGUUCGUUAGGCUUAAAUAAAUACACUCUUGAGAUAGUUUAAAAAAUUUUUUAUUACAUAUUUUAUGCGCUU